GUCAUUCAUGCCGUCAAUUCAUUUUGGACGUGGUUUGAUUAAAUCAUAUUAUCAGCGAUAAAUUUCUUUUCACAUAAUUGCAUUUGCAGUGCAUUCAUACAAACGGUGAGUCCUGAAUUUAUGUAUACUUUUCUAAGUUGCCGUAUAUGAUUUCACAUGGCAUCAUAUGCGACAGCUUCUUGGGAAUUUGUUUUUUUUUUUGUUCUAAUUUUUUUUUUCGAUUUUUAAGCGAAAACAUAUGUGCAUACGGGAAAAAUGCCACCAGCCAGACGAGCAAAUAUAGGUCGGCGAACGCGUAAUGCAAAUGAUGUGGCAUUACUAAGACGAUCACAGACUGCAGAUGAACGCGCACAAGCUAAUGCAUCGCAGCGUGAACGUAAUGCACGCAAUAGAUUUGUUAACCCAGUACCUGUACUGAAUCUUGCACGGCCAUCACGAAUACGUCGUGCUGUUUUGGCUGAAAUGAUGCGUGCUGCUUUUAAUUACAACAGUCAGAUUGAUUAUAGUAUGUAUGGAUACAUUGGAAUGAUGGACGCAAUAUGUCCACAUUGUGAUGCGGCUAACUUUCGAGGUGAAACACCCGGCAUGUGUUGUGCUAAUGGCAAAGUGAGAUUGCCAGCAUUAGAAACUCCACCCGAACCAUUGUAUUCAUUUAUUUUUGGGACAUCGCAAGCGUCGAAGCACUUUCUGAGUCAUAUUCAACAAUACAAUUCGGCAUUUCAAAUGACUUCUUUUGGUGCAACUAAAAUUAUUAGAGAUAAUUUUAUGCCGACGUUUAAGAUUCAGGGCCAGAUUUAUCAUCAAGCUGGUUCGUUAUUGCCAUACCCCGACGCUGAUCAUCAAUUUUUGCAAAUUUCAAUAGUGUACAGCGAAUCAAUGGCAUUAGCGCUUUAA